GCACUUUCAAUAUGAGUCCUAGUCCACCUAUAUACAAAGUUAUGGCACCUAUUUCUAAUUUGGCACUUUUAAGGUUUAAAAUGUGAAGACCAAGAGAGUAACGGGCCAGGUAAAGGAGGCAGAACAUAACGUUUUUAUAGGUUUAAGACACAUUUAACAUCUGUGAACAAGAAUCUGAUCACAUGACCACAAUGCAGGCAAUAGAAAUAUUUUAAACUAGGACAAGCAUGGGCGGAAAUGAUUACAUCUGUGUGUAUAGGAGGAAGAAGGGCAUAUGUAUGGUGUAUGAUCAACAUUGUGAAUUUGCAAUAUGAUGCAGCAGCAGAUGGUAGCAGGAUAAAAUAAGCAUUUAAUUUAAAGAAAGGGCAAAACACACAAUAUAUUUGUUGUUGCAUUUGCUGCCUAUCAAGAUACAUUCAAUAUCCAAGAAAUUCCUAUUGUAAGACAUCCUUGCAUAUCCAAUUUGUGUGUGUCUAUUUGUCUAAUGUUUGACAGUAGAGGGCGCUCUAAACUGCUGCAAUGUGUGGGGUUGAAUUGAGGAGAAGCCAUGGAGAAGCUCCGAGUCUCGUUACUGGAGGAGUGAUGUGUUUUAGGUGCAGUUUGACUUUCAGCAGCCAUGAAUACUGCAGAAACAGAUGGGUGCACUGCAAACAUGUUUUUGGCAAGAGGGUUGAAUAAAUUGAUAUUAAUCUUUCGAAUCAAAGAAAAUUAUACAUUAGUCUAACGUAAAUGUUGUUUAGGGAGCAUUAUUAUGAUUAAAUACAAUUAGAUCAAGUGGAAAAAUCCAUUUGGAUGCGAGGUUUAAAAUAAAAAACACACUAAGAGGCCUUCAGAACCAAUGUUCCGUGUAAACUGUUAAUUUAAUGUUAGCUGUAAUCAAAUUAUCAUAAUCAAAUCACGUGUCAGUCACCAGAUUUCAGUCCACAUUGACCUAAAACAUUCAGUCUAUGUGGGGCUUCUAUGAAAGUUUGGUAAUAAAUUAUACUCUAAAUAAUUGUGUGAAAAUGAAGCCUGAUAUUUUUUUUUAUAAAAGCACAUUUUUAAUUGUCUGGUCUCUUAAAUAAAUUCAAGAUGAGUUCCUAACUUGAAAUAAUAGCCCUGCUCAUCAUGACAUAUUUUCGGGUGCUUUUAAUUAAAGUCAACCCCUGCUUUGUUCGCAUGCUGUAAUGCGGUUUGCCCAAAUGAAUCUCAAUACAAACCCAGCAUAAUUCAAGUUUUGGGAGGGAGGAAGAGGAGGGUUGGCGGGGGUUAUUGUACUCUUAUCCGCCCCUUAAUCCGGUUGGCUCAGAGACUGCCCGCAGGCCAAUUUGUAAGUGGUUUGCGGAACUGCCAAUCAAAGCAGAUUGCCUCUCCAGGCUGGCUGUGCGGACGAAAUCUUUCAGUUGCUGUGUGGAGAGAUUUGACGGUGGGACACUCCUGUACAUGGACCAUCACUGCAAUCCGCCUGCGAGAACACACACCCAUGUAAUGCCUCGGUGAAAUUUGGACGUACACGGUGGAGAAAACACGCAUGCGAAUAUUUUAUUUUUGCAUGUCAGGAGAGGGGGAUUAAUCGGAGGCAUGUGGAAUCGCACAAGGAUUAGGAAUUGCUUCCCAAUAGUGUGCCUGCUGUUGACGUUAUGGACGGAGGUGUCCCAGUCAACCGGCUAUUUCGAGCUGCAGCUGAUCUCCGUGGAGAAUGUAAACGGCGAGUUGGCGGACGGGGAGUGCUGUGAUGGCUCCAGGAGCUCCAUGGACCUGCGCUGCAGCCGAGACGAGUGCGACACUUACUUCAAGAUCUGCCUGAAGGAGUACCAGAUGGAGGUCAUCACCAGCGGCACGUGCACGUUCGGAGCUGGAUCUACGCAAGUUCUCGGUGGAAAUAUGUUUUCUUUUAAGGGAGCGAAGAAUAAUCCGAAUAAGAUCGACGAAGGAGGCAAGAUUUUGAUCCCUUUCCAGUUCGCCUGGCCGCGGACGUUCACGGUGAUCGUAGCAGCCUGGGACUGGGACAACGGCACACGCAACAUUGAUGAUGAGGAGCUGCUGAUCGAGCGCAGCACCCACACCGGUAUGAUCAACCCCGGAGACGCCUGGCAGACCAUCCUGCACGACGGACCCGUGGCUCGCAUCGCCUACCGCAUCCGAGUGCGCUGCGACGAAAACUACUACAGCAACAAGUGCAACAAGCUGUGUGUUCCUCGGGACGACUACUUUGGACACUACCGCUGCGAGCCGUCGGGAGCCCAGCUGUGCCUCGGCGGCUGGAUGGGCUCAGACUGCAGGACAGCAAUCUGCAAGCAAGGCUGCGACCUGUUACAUGGCAGCUGCUGUCCAGGGGAAUGCAAGUGUAACUACGGCUGGCAGGGGCAGUUCUGUGAUGAAUGUUUGCUGUUUCCCGGGUGCGUUCACGGGACCUGCAACGUCCCGUGGCAGUGCAGCUGUGAGAGGAACUGGGGCGGCCGGCUGUGCGAUAAAGAUCUGAAUUACUGCGGUCGGCACCACCCUUGUGUGAACGGAGGAACCUGCAUGAACACAGAACCAGACGAGUUCCACUGCUCCUGUCCUCAAGGAUACUCCGGCAAGACCUGUCAGAUCGCUGAGCACGCCUGUGUUUCCAAUCCUUGCGCUAACGGCGGUUCAUGCCACGAGGUUCCUUCAGGGUUCGAGUGCCGCUGUCCACCAGGCUGGGAGGGUCUGACCUGUGCCAACAAUUUGGACGAGUGUGCGUCCAGUCCAUGUGCUCAGGGAGGAACCUGUGUCGACCUGGAGGACGGCUUUGAGUGUGUGUGCCCUCCACAGUGGGAGGGAAAGACCUGCCAGAUAGAUGCAAAUGAGUGUGCAGGAAAGCCCUGCGUGAACGCUUAUUGCAAAAAUUUGAUUGGCGGCUAUCACUGCGACUGUUUUCGGGGAUGGUCCGGACAAAACUGUGACAUCAACAUCAACGGCUGCCAUGAUCAGUGCCAGAACGGAGCAACAUGCAAGGAGCACCAGAGGAGUUACCACUGCCAGUGUCCUCCAGGCUUUGUAGGCACUCACUGUGAAAUCCAGAGGAACAAGUGUGAGAGCAGACCGUGUCAGAACGGAGGACAGUGCCACGCCGUGCUGGACGACUUCGUGUGUCAGUGCCCACCGCAGUUUGCUGGACAGCUGUGUGAGAUCUCUGGCUGGACCCCCUCAGAUGCGUGUGAUCCGAAACCCCUGUGAGAACGAGGCCAGUGCACAGCAUGGCAGCAGGACUUCUACUGCGCCUGCCCCGAAGGCUUCGAGGGUAAAACAUGUGAGCGUCUGAAGGAGAACUGCCACACGGCCCUGUGUCAAGGUGACUGAACUCUGCACUGUGCUGUGGCGACAAACGACUCAGCCGGAGUGCGUCACAUCUCCUCAAACGUCGCGGGCCGACGAGGACGAUGCAUCAGCCAGCCCGCCGGAAACUUCUCCUGCUUCUGUGACCCGGGCUUCAGCGGCAUCUACUGCCAUGAGAAUAUCAACGACUGCACCAGCAACCCCUGUGGGAACGGAGGGACCUGCAUUGAUGGAGUGAACUCGUUUCAGUGCGUCUGUCCCGAUGGUUGGGAGGGUCGACUCUGUGACCUCAAUGUCAACGAGUGCAGACACAACCCGUGUAAGAACGGCGGGCGCUGCGUGGAUCUGGUGAACGACUUCUACUGCGAGUGUGCCGACAACUGGAAGGGCAAGACCUGCCAUUCCCGUGAGAGCCAGUGUGACGCGACCACCUGCAGUAACGGAGGAACCUGCUACGACCACGUAGACGCUUUCCGCUGUGCCUGCCCUCCUGGAUGGGGAGGAAACACCUGCAACACAGCAAGAAACAGCACAUGCGCCUCCCAGUCCUUGCUCCAACAGUGGGGACCUGUGUGCGGAGGAGGAGACACUUUCACCUGCAUCUGCAAAGAGGGCUGGGAAGGCCCCACCUGCGGCCAGCAGAAUAUAAACGACUGCAACCCUCAUCCAUGUUACAAUGGCGGUAUUUGUGUGGACGGAGUCAACUGGUUUCGGUGUGAGUGCGCCCCUGGGUUCGCCGGACCAGACUGCAGAAUCAACAUAAACGAGUGCCAGUCUUCGCCCUGUGCCUACGGUGCCUCCUGUGUGGACGAGAUCAACGGUUUCCGCUGCAUCUGUCCACUCGGUAGAACAGGAGCCCGAUGCCAAGAGUUUAUAGGUAUUGGGAAGACUUGCCGCUAUGCUGGGCUGCAGUUUCCACAUGGCAGUCACUGGGAGGAGGACUGCAACAGCUGCCAUUGCAUCAAUGGCAAAGUGGAAUGUACAAAGGUGCUGUGUGGUCGUCGUCCCUGCCGGCUCCAGACUUCAGACUCAGACCAGAGACAUCAGUCCUGCCCGGCUGGACGCCAGUGUCUGGAGCACAGCUACCUCACCUGCUUCUCCCCCCCUUGCCAUCAGUGGGGGGUUUGCUCCAUGGCAGGAGCCUCACCUCCAAAAGCAACCAAGUGCCAGCCAAACACCGGGCAUUUGGAUAACAGCUGUGGCCGCAUAACACUCAUUUUCAAAGACAAAGUACCAACAGGAACAACAGUGGAGAACAUAUGCCAUGAGCUAAGGUAUCUUCCUGAUACCCGAGGUUUGGCAAAGGACCACUUCCUUCUCCUGCUGUGUGACCUCUCUCAGUCGAAUCAGGAUGCUGUAGAGGUGGCUAUAUCUUUCCAUCCAGAGGAUCUUCCAGACCACAGUCUUAUCCGGGAGGCAGCCAGCGCUAUAGUGGGCACGUUGUCCAAGCGGCACAACAGCACCGUAAUGUUGGCUGUCAUUGAGGUCAAAGUGGAAACACCAGUCAUGCCCCCCUCAGUGGAUUACCUGGUGCCUAUUCUAUGUGGGAUCUUCUGCUUGCUCUGCCUCUUCUGCAUCAUCGUAUCUGUUUGGUGGACGCGCAAACGGAGAAAAGAGCGUGAGAGGAACACAGCCUCCGAUGAUAACGUGAACAACCAAUGGCAGCCGCUUCGGCUCGUUGUUGGACGUCAGCAGCAGCAGCAGGCGCUGAAGGAAAACAACAGGGACACCGAGCAGGAGCGCAAAAAGCUCAUGGGCCCCUCCUAUCGGACAUGUGGCGAGGGGGAGGAGGCGGAGGAGGAAGAGACGGAAGGCGAGCUUGAACUCGAAGAGGAGUGUGGUGGAGCAGAGGCGGGGAAGCAGCCAGUUUAUAAGUACUCUAAGACUGCAUCGCAGUCCAGUGGGGAAGUGAUCUGUACCAUGCACAGCUCCAGCUCAUCCCUCAAAGCGCCCCACCGGACCCCAGGCUACAACCCCAAAGACAACCGCUGGAAAAAUGUCAGUGCCGUCUUGACUGGUCAAAAAGACCUCAAAGACCAUUGUGUAUUAGACAUUUAAACAAAGGACUCGUGAUGUGGAAGCGAGAGAAGCAGCAAGGCAGCGGCUAUUCUUAUUUUCGGACUUAUUUUUGAAAGAAAAAAGGCUUUGUGUUUUUAUAAGUCUUUCUUUGAUUUAUUUUCAUGUUUUUUUUUUCACUGUCACCUGAAAUUAGUUUUGCUUCAGGAAGCUAGAGCACAGUGAACAUCCUAAUUUGCUUCUGUUCAUUUAUUUUUCUUUGAUUAUGUACAGAAGGAGCUGAAAUGUAACACUUUUUCAGGAGGCAAAAGAAGCUUCCUGCAUUUUUUGUUUAUGGAGUUAUACCAUUUAUGAAACGAUGAAUCAUCGGAAAGGAGAAAAAAAGAAACCUGUAUAAAGACUUUUUUUUGUUUACAGAAUAUGAUUUUGUUUAAUUGUCAGCGGGCUCCUAUUCAGUGUCUGUGGUGGGGCAGAUACACUUUAAAGGGACAGUAAAGCAACGUUUUUGAGGGAAACGGACUGUUGCAGCCACAGUAACAGAGAAACCCUCCUUUGCUCUGUCUCUUCCCGGCUUUGCCCGCCGAUCCACCUGUGGCCGUCAUGCGCCAGCCUUACCAAAACACUUGGCCUGGAGGGGAGAGGGGACAGAAACCCCAGUGCCUACUAUGUGGCCUUCCAUUUUUGUUCGGUCUCUCAGUUGUCUUGGCUGAAAGCUCUGUUUGAGGAUUUUUUGCAGUAUUUGAGUUGGUAGCAAGUGCCUUUUCAAGAGCCGCCGUGUUGAGGCUCCGAGUCGCGCUGCCCAGUUUGACCUCCAUGUUCUCAAAUCUCAAAGGGAUAUAAGUGUACAUCGAGAGAGUUCAAUUUCACAGCAACACCAUUCGAGGUAUUUGAUCAAAACAGAAAUGAAUACUCUGUAUAUAUGUGUAAAUAAAUACUAAAGGAGUCGCUGUGUAUAUUUGAAAUAAGUAACUUAAAGACAAGUCACACAUUUUUAUUAUUAUUAUUAUUGUUAUUAUUACGAUUUAAUAUUAUUUUUAUUUUUUUUUACAACGUCAUUCCUUUUAUUUAUGCCAGUCGAAAUAGGAAAGUUUUAUAACACUUCAUAUCCAGAGUCCCACAGUUAAGAACCUUUACAGUGAGGUACCACCUAUGAAGGACUUUCUGAAGGGUUUAGAAAUGGUGCACUUAACUUUCUCUAUUGAAGGAAACCUUUAUUAGGAACAGGAAGAUGUAUAAAUGAUUGUUCCGGUUCCUAAUAUUUCAUAAUUGCAUUGCAAAAUAGAAUUUGAACCCUGUCAUAUUUGAACUGGUAGUCAAAAAGGGCAAAAAAACAUGUCACUGCUUUUUAUUGAUGGAAAGUUAAUUUUCUGCCCAUUUAAACUUCUAAAUUAUUAGUUUGAUUCUAUUAUUACUUUUACUUUAGUAAUUUUUUCCCCUUUUCUAAUACAAGAUGUAUCACUGAUUUUGGUUGUUAAAUCAUGAUUUGGUAUAAAGAAAAUUCAGAGUUUUAGGCAGGCAGUGUUGCAAAACUGCCAAUAUUUAUAGCCUUAAAAAGUCCUCAACUGUUUCUAAACCGUCACAAACCCUUUUGUUUCAGGUGCCUUAAUGUUAUUUGUGUAUCAAUGGUCAUCUUUUUAUGUUGUUGGUUUGUUUUCAAUAUUAAGGAAAGUAACUCUUUAAAACGUUGUGUGGUGUAUAGUGGCGUGUUUUAUUCGCCUGAGUAAAGUGCUCUCCUUGUGUCGCUUUGCUAUCACAGAGAUUUCUGGAAUAAAACACUUGAUGGAUGGAGGUUAAAAAAAUUAAGCGGUCCACCAUGACUCUGGAGUGUCAUGCAUGUGGAUGUCAGUAGUUCAAUUGUUGAAUCAUGCAUUAGCUUCAUGUUUGGUUACAUGGCUUUAAUGAAGGGAACAAUAUUUGCAGUUUUUGUUUUCUACCGUGCAGGUGUGGGUUUUUUUUUAAGUUACCAACUCAGUUCAAAAUGACCCGUUUUUCAUAUCUUGUCACUGUCUCAAAAAGGCAUCGUAUUUUCUGUAAAUGGGACACAGCAAAAUAAAGAAUUAAAGAUGCAUCACUGCUGGUGUUAAAAGCUGAAUAUGCAUAUUGUAUACAUUUUA